AUAUAAACAGUAAACGCAAUAUAAAACAUAAUGUAAUAAUAGUGAUAAUGUUUUUAAAAAUGUGCAUGUUAAUAUACAUUAUAUGAUUGAUAACCAUUGAAACCAAUAAUGUCUUUGUCGUGGAGCACAUUGAAUGUCCACAAAUGUAUCAUCAAAGUGGUCAAGAAGUCACUAAAGUUUGCACACAUGACGGCUGUCCAGUCGGCAGUUAUACCGUUGUUUGUGUCCAACAAAGACUGUGCCGUUGAGGCCGUCACCGGUAGCGGCAAAACUUUGGCUUUUGUUAUACCGAUUAUUGAUAUUUUGUUGAAGAAGUCGUCUAACGAAUCGAUUAAGAAGACAGAUGUGGGCGCUAUUGUCGUGAGUCCGACCCGAGAGUUAGCKCAACAGAUAUAUGAAGUACUCAACCAAUUCAUUGUCGACAAUAAAAAUAUUCCGUUAAAAGGACUGCUUCUGAUUGGCGGCACAUCAGUUGGUCAGGACAUUGACCGUUACAAGACUAUUGGUGCUAAUAUAGUGGUGUCAACUCCGGGACGACUAUGCGAUAUGUUUGAGAAGUGCGAUCUCUUUGCCAGUCGAGUCCGACAGUGUCUCGAAGUUUUUGUCUUAGACGAGGCCGACCUCAUACUCAGUAUGGGUUUUGAGACGGCUUUGAAUAAUAUAUUAUCUUAUCUUCCGAAACAACGACGAACUGGUCUGUUCUCUGCAACUCAAACMAAAAAAUUGGAUCAAUUGAUUAGAGCGGGACUUAGAAAUCCGGUUAAAGUUGAGAUCAAAGAGAAAUAUACUGAUCAGUCAGCCAGUGGUGAUUGUCUUCAAAUGCCACAAUUACUUCAUAACCAUUAUGUUUGUCUCGAUUCGUGUGAAGAAAAGUUAGCGUUUGUUAUAUCACUUGUGAGACAACAGCCAAACGCCAAAUACUUAGUAUUUAUGUCUACCUGUGCUCAGGUUAACUACUUUUCCAAUCCCAUCACCAAAUUCAUACAGAAAGUGAUCAAACAGUUUGUUAUUUUGAAAUUACAUCGAAAACUCAAGAAAAGUCGACAAAAGAUUUUUGAUGAAUUUCGUAAAUGUAAAAGUGGUUUACUUUUAUGUACUGAUGUCAUGAGCCGAGGUGUCGAUAUACCGCAAGUCGAUUGGGUUAUACACUUGGAUUUGCCAAACACUAUUGAGGACUAUGUUCAUCGAUGCGGCCGAAGUGGACAUCAGGUGGGCGUUACCGGCAAUACUCUUGUUAUUGUAUUGCCAACGGAAAUGGAGUUUCUUGAGUUAUGUGAGUCAAAGGGUGUCGAUGUAAAGCAAUUGCAGACUAACCUAAAUGUUGACAAAAAUCUGAAGAAUAAUGUCAUUGAAUUCAUGAAAAAAGAGUCGCGAAAACAUAAAACUUAUUAUGAGUUAGGAAUGCAAGCCUUCGUAUCAUUUAUCAGAACCUAUAGCUCGAAGCACUGUAUGUCUACUAUUUUGUAUAAAAAAUUAGAUAUCAAUGAUAUCGCCAACGGUUAUGCCUUACUCAAAGUGCCAGCAAUGCCUGAGCUAAGGCAUAGGCCGAGAGGUAGUUCAAUGUUUAAGACAUCACCGGAUGACAUACGAAUAGCCAAAAAUUUUAAACAACAAAACUUUUUAGCUAAAGAUCCCAAUAAAGAAAAGUUUGAUAAAAAUCGUUUAAAACCCGUCUCGAAAAAUGCAGAACUCAUUAAAAAGACUAAAUUAAAGGGAAAACGAAAAAAAGAGUUCAUUAAUGAUUUAGAUAUACAAGAGUUGGCUGAAGACGCAAAAAUGGUUAAGAAAUUAAAGAAAGGACUCAUCAGUUCUCAACAAUUUGACGAACACUUUGGUCUCUAA